AUGUGGUCGCAUCGUCGAUCUCUCCCCCUUGCUAACCUCGCCAAUUCACAAGUCGUUGGCUUCAUCUUCUGCUCCUUCGACGGCGAGACCCAAUCCCCGCCCAGAUCCCAACCCGUCCCCGCCGGCGCAUCCCUUACCGGGAUCGUAGCUCCGGAGGGUGGCCAUGGCUCUCCUCCGAUCCUCUGCUAUCAUCACCCCUCUCGCUUCACCCUCACCGUUACCGAGCCUCCAUCAUUGUCCACGGAUCCAAUUCCCACUUUGUCGACGACGAGAUAUUGUGGCGCAGAAGCGCCGCCUCCACCUCGCGAUCUCACCUUCCAGCUGUAUCACCGUCGGCUCUCACCGGAAUCUCCCCCGAAUCUGAACGGCACCAGAUCGGGUUGGAGCUCGGCUUGGAUUCAACGGCUCACCACCUCAUUUGUUGGAUUCCGCAACAUCUACACCCUAACCCGACCUAUUGGUCACCACCGAUCUCCUUUGGCGGCCGCCGGAACUAUAAUCGCCGGCAAGGACUCCCUGCAAAAACUCGUGGUCAACAACGACACUUCCGUUGACUGGAUUUAUUUGUUGAUGGGCCUUUGGCUGUUAAUGGGCCGAAUCCGAAUCAGGCCAAUCAUUAUGUAUAAUGGGCUGAGACUGAUUCUGGAUAUUUGUGAGGUUCUAAGGGGCUUUUCUAAGUCCAAUCUGCUGAGGCCAACUUGGGGAUGGUUCUCUAUUAUCUUUGCCCAGCUUUAA